UUAGAAUUUGUCGACAUGCUCAAUGCGAUGUGUUUUGGAAAGUUGGAUAAAGCUUCUUUUCAAGCUUUUUUCAGUCUUUCGCGCCCAGUCGUGUAUGAGGAUGGCAUCAGGCCAACACAGCUGUACCCUAUUCGCUCAGAGGUUGAUUUAGCAAACCAAAGAAAGCUUGCUUCACUGCCUGGCGAUGGAAUCAAAUAUUCGGCAACUGACUCACCUGGACGCGAUUCGAAU